UUUUUCUUUUUUUUUUUCCCUUUACUCUCCUUUUGUUUCCUUCAAUGUCCCUUACUCACAUUGUACUGUGAUUUAUUGUGCGUGCGAUUCAAGUUUAGACCAUAUACAGCAUACGUGCAAAUCCCUUUGUCGUAUAAUGAUAAAAAAAGAAAGAAAGAAAGAAACAAAGAAAAAAAAAAAAAAAACGUUUGCUAACAUUGCUGCUGUCUCUCACACAUAUAUUUUUUUCGUUCUCACGCUCUUUAAAAAACGUCCUCCUUGUUAAUUGCUCCAUCUUGACAUAGGAACAAGUACUCCGUAACAAAGUUGUGACUCAGACAGAAAAUGAUAGGCACUGGUUACACUUCCCCCUCGUCUAACCAAAGGCGUUACCCGACAGUGACUAAUUUUCAGCAACCACAAGCCCAAACGGGGACAGGACACGUUGCUUUAAGCACCCAAGUCAUCGGCACUGACAAUAGCCUGUCCACUCGUAUUAGGUCCUUUGACGCUAGCUCUGCGCCACCUAUUGUUGACUACGGCGUCACUUCAGCGCCAAGGUACAGCUUCGCUACUAAUAUUGACGCCACUACAACGGAUAACAACAAUGUCAAUGGCCAUGAUAAUAGAAACCGCUAUGCCAACCCCAUCAGUCGUGCGACAAUAAUAAGCGGAUGGGCCGAUCAUAACCAGAGACUGAUUGCUCUGGGCGUCGACCAACUUGAGCAAAGACUCUCUAUAAUAAGUGACAGCAGCCUUAGACAACUACCGAAUCCACCACACAAAUUCACCGAGGGAUUUCGGCUCUUCGAUAUCAAUGAGCUGAGACGGAUCAAGCGUCAGCUGGAGGUGGAGUACCAUCAUUUUACACACCAUCACAACAAAAAGUUCUAUAAACAAAUGGACAACAUCAUUGAACAUGCACCUAGAGAUCCACUUGUCGAGGUUUUCUCCAAGAUUCGCCCACCGCCCUUGCCUGCUGAAUUAGAUCUGGACCAGUGCGCGUACAUUAAAACAUGUUCCAGGAUUCAGAUGAAUCAUUUAAAGCUCUUUAAUCGUCAGCCACGAGUGAUGCCUGCAAAGUUUGAAAAGGCAUUUCGACGAGCCGUUGAGCAUGUCAAGGCUUUGAUGGCUCUUCCGGAAAAACUCUCCAUGCCUACGGUCGAGUCCCUUAAGGAUGUUCGUUAUGAUGGCUCCAAGUUUGCUGGACUGGAGUAUGCGCGCGAUAAACUUUAUAAAAGAAGAGAAGCGCACACAUAUGCGCUUCGACAUGCAGAAGAAGUCUGGACGUCGCUCAUGGAUGGCAAUCUAGUCCAUCCACACGAUACUCGACUGGGAGGCAAGGGAAAACAAGUUGAGAUGGACAAGGAUAUGCACGGCAAAAUCAAGGACCCGGAUGCUGAGAGUUGGUUGUUUUCAUCCGGCAGCAGGAAUCUCGACAGUUUGGAAUCCAUCAACACAUCCAUGGGUCGAUUAAUCCUUAUGUUGAGUCAUCGCGACUUAUUGAUCCUGGGCUCACUGGAACAGCCCCUUACCAAGGCUUAUUUGGAUGAUAAGUGGCCUAUCUACAUCGGCCAGAGUUGGUACUAUGGCGGAGCCGAAAAAUUCGUCAACAAAAUGUCUCGGCAUGCUAUUUAUCAUUGUUUCGACGCAAAGAAAUUCGAUGCUGCAAUUGAUGGCUGGCUUGUCCAAGAAGCCCUACAAGUACUCCGAGCUCAGUACGAGGAUGGAAUGAACCCCAAGUACGAUACCUUGUGGACAUUCGUCUACAAAAGCUUGGUGGAGGUGAUCAUCUGUCGAGAUGAUGGUAUUCGACUGCAGAAACACGUGGGAACCACAAGUGGGAACUGUUUCAACACCUUGGUUCAGAGCAUCAUCACCAUGUUCUUGGGUUACACUGCGCUCAUUUAUGAGGCCGAGAAACGUCAAGGAAGCAUUGGAGUCUACUUGAUCUUGACACAAUGUGAGAUGGUCAUGGCUCUGGAGACACCUUGGAUGGGUCUAACCAAAGAGAUCCUCGCAGAUGUAGUCAAGGAAUGCUUCAACAUUGACUGGUCCGGAAAGAAAUCAUUCUCAACUAAUCGACUGAUGGAUGACAGCGCCAUGGACUAUAAGAAGUUUCAAGGUGUUCAGUUCCUGGGCAUGUAUUUUCGACACCAACGACUAGGCAACUCUCCUUUUGCUCCCAAGGUUGUUAUCCCUUAUCGACCCUUCCGUGAGAGCUACCUGUCCUUACUCUUCCCCAAGCAUGGUGGCUACACACGGGAGGAGUCUUGGCUUCGAGCCCUUGGGAUUUACCUCAAUGCGGCUGGAAAUCAAGAAACACAGGAGUGGUUGGAGGCUUAUCUGGACUUUUUGGAAUUGGUUCCUUUCGUCCGUCCAACUGCAUGGCCUCCUAGUAUGGAACGUUGGGUUAACAAAGAUUAUUGGAAUCAUGACACCAAACCUCCACCACCCAAAAGAAUCACCAUUCAGGAAUGGUAUCGGCUUGCAUGUGAACCAAGAGACGUUGAUGAUUAAAAGGAAAACAAAAUGCCUCUCUUUUUUUUUCCUUCCUUUCUCUCUCCCUCUCUUUCUCUCAUCGUUUCUUUCUCUCUUUCUCUCUUUCUCUCUUUGUUCUCUUUCACUUUUUCAUUCUUCUCUUUUCCGCGAAAAGAGGGUUAGUGAAAGCCAAAUCCCGGUUUUGCAGUCUCAAUAUUAACUGCCAUUAUCGGGAGCAAUCAUAUUAUAUGUAUAAAUGAAAACCAUCGGUGACCCUGUCUGCAGAAGAGAAUACCCUCUGGAGUAGUGACAAUAUCAGUAUUAUAUCAGUCUCAAAACACCAAUAAACUAUAUUGUUUUUCCCAAG